AUGGGCAUGAAAGGACGCUGCCAAUGCUCCAAAAUCGAAUUCACCACUCCAACCGCAAAACCUCUCGCUCUAUACGCCUGCCACUGCACAGAAUGCCAACACCAAAGUUCCUCCGCCCACGGCAUCACCGCCAUCUUCCCCUACUUUGAGCUCUCGGACUCUGUCGCCGAUCUCGUGGGAACAUACACCCGCAACACACUUACGGGCCGACAAAUGGAAUGUGUGUUCUGCAAAAACUGCGGCGCGCGAAUAUUUCACCGUUUCCGGGAUCUUAUGCCGGCGCCCGGGGAGAAGCCGGGUCCUACGGCGACUACGAAUGUUAAGGGUGGGUGUUUGGUGGGGUUGGAUAAAGAGAUGAUGAAGAGUGCUGUUCAUAUUUGGACUCAGCAUGCGAUUGUGGAUAUCCCCGAGGGAGCGGAGAGAUAUGAGAGAGAGCCGCCGCAGGCGAAUCCGCUUAUAUCUAAGAGCUGA